CAAACAGCUGUACAACGGCGUUUUGCAAUACACGCGCCAUUGAAAUGGCGCGAAAAUAAUUUGGCGCGUCGUUGAAUAUUUGGAGGGAAACUGCAUCGUCGUGGCCCAGUUGUAAUUCGAGCAGUGGCAGUGUUAAGACGUAUAAGAAUAAAGUGAGAUACCACCAAAACCCAUAAGCCAGACGUGCCAAGUGUGAAAUUGUCCAAGCAAUACAAAACCGACAAGCAUAUAGCGUUAAAUACAUAGAAACAUAUUCAAAUUGCAAUCAUGGCACAGCCAUCGAUAGCUGCAUUUUUUAGCAAUCGCAAACGCGCCGCUGUGGAAGAUGCGACCACAAUUAAGACCAGGCGGCUUGCAGAACCCACCGAGGUUGCUGGCCCCAAACAUAUAGCGCUGCCAGGUGCAUCCACAGAUCAGGAUGUGGACAUGGAUGCACUUAAGCCCGGCAUACGGACACGAUCCGGGCGCACUGUCAAACUUAUUGGCGUACAGCCAACGGCAGCGUCUCAAGAGACAAAGCGAAAGCCAAGCAAUAUAGAGACAAACAUUAAGCAGGCCAAACUCGUGCAGUUCAUACGCAAAGGUAACCUUUCGCCUCGGAAGCAACCAGCCUGCAAUGCGUCAACAGAGGCACAGAUCCACAAUGAGCAUACGCCCAAGUUGGCGACGGACAAUAUGCAGAGUGGAAUGAGCACACCCACCAAACAGAUCAUCAAGGAUGCAUCGCCCAUCAAGCACAUCGAUCUGGCCAAACGGGGCCUCACCUUCGAUGAGGUGAAGACAAAGAUCUCACGCAGCGCCAAAAUGCAGGAGCUGAAGGCGGUGCUAGCGCGCAAAGCGCAACUGGAACAGCAGCGCAAGGCACAGGAGGAACGUAAUCGCCGACUUCGCGAGGCGGGCCCAUCGCCCUCGAAGGCGGCGGCGGCGGCAAAGAGUGUGCAGCUGAAGGAGUUCGAUACGAUCGAGCUGGAGGUGCUGACUAGCCCAUUGAAGACAUUCAAGACACCCACAAAACUGCCGCCAGCCACACCGGACAAAAAUGAGUUGAUGUCGCCGCGUCACACGGACGUCUCCAAGCGACUGUUGUUUAGCCCGGCCAAGAAUGGUUCGCCCGUCAAGCUGCUGGAGCUGCCAGCAUAUAAGCGAUUUGCUAGCCUGGCCGAGACGAGCAAAGCGGGUCAGUUGCCGUUGCCGUACAAAUAUCGGAAUUUGCUGGAGAUUUUCAAGGGUCUGGACUCGGUGGUAGCCAUGUUCCACAAUCGCAAGGAAUGCAUCACAUUCAAGAAGCUGAAGCCGGCCGUUCAGCGUAUGCUGCGCAAGAACUUUACGGAAACACAUUUGUCUCAGAUCAAGCACCUCUAUCCGGAGGCCUUUAUCUUUUCGCAGAUGAAGAUGCGAAACUAUGGUUCGGUGUCGAAGGCUGAUUACCAUCAGCUGGUUAUCAGUCCCAAUGUGGAACAGCUGCCGGAACAGCAUCGCCUCAAUAAAAUCAAUGAAGACGAUGUGCUCGCGUCGGCACAGUCGACGUCCAUGAAUCCACACGUAAUGACGGCACGCAUGCAAAAAUUCCAAAAGCUUCUGCUGCAGCGUGUAAUGGAGGAGCAUGAUAAGUUCGUACGCUCCCUGGAUCCACCCAUUAUCAUUGACAAGAAGCUAACGCGCUGGCAUCCACAGUUCGAUCUGGAAAGCUGCCGAGAUGUGGAGCUAGCAAUGCUGCCGCAUCCACCAAAUGUGGAGAAAUAUUCCUCGGCCAAAGACAUACUAUCGACGGCUCGAAAUCUAUUCAACUGCGCCACUCCCAUGGAGCGGACAAUGGAACGCUAUGAGGCCAAACUGGAGGCGGACAGACUCAUAGCCAAUGACAAUAGUAAUCAACCAAAGGAAACACUAAGCGGCACAACAACAACCACAAACACAAUUGCAAUACAAACUAAUGCCAAUAUCAAAUUGCUGACAGAAACAUCCACGGCUCCACCUACGGUUAAGGAGUGCACGCCAGCAGCAAGGGACGAUGUCAAAAGCAAUCUGCUCAAGGGUCUGCCCAAGUCACUAAUUGAGAAAAUACGCGCCAAGCAGGCGGCCAAGGCAUUGGAUGCAAUGACGCGACGGCCGUCACAGGAUCAGGAGGCAACCAAAUAUACACGCCUGCCGGAAUUGGCGCGACAUCUGCGCAACGUUUUUGUGACGGAGCGAAAGAGCGUCUUAACUCUGGAGAUCAUCAUUAAGAAGAUCCAGAAUAGUUUCCGUGCCAAUCUAACGCCGCAGGAGAUUGAGGCACAUCUGAAAUUGCUUGCAAAGGAGCUGCCAUCGUGGGCAUCAUUCCACGAAGUUCGAAAGACAAUGUAUGUAAAGAUCGCCAAGGAUAUGGAUAUGAAUAAGAUUAUUGAAAAACUGGAGGUAAUCGCGAAUGAGAAGAGCAAAUAAAUGCAGAUUGAGAUUACCGCAAAAGCAAUGCGAAUCCUAGACCCUGUGGACUAUAUCCAGCUACAUUUAUGUAUGUUUAAGCAAACACUUACUUAGGCUCCAAUUAUGCUAGAAAAUUACAUUGUUACACAUCAUUAUAUUGACAUAAUUAUUAAAUAUUUGACACAAUUUAUAUACAUACAUAUGCCAAAAAACAUUUCAUCACACAACUUUUAUGUCUACAUAUUAUUAUUCAAUUAUUUUGUGAACCAUCAACUAUUUACGAUUCAUCAAUUAUUAGCUGACACACUUUAUUAUUAUUAAGACAUUUUUCAUGUUUGUAUUACCUUCAAUAAAUAAAUGUUAGGAAAAAGUAAAAUAAAA